AUGCUUCACCGAGGCUCCAAGGCCUCCGGGAGGCGAAGACACUUGAGCGACAACCUCAGCUGGCACCAAGACCAGGCGUUGAGCAGUAACAUCUACCUGCUGCGGGAGAUGGGACCCACCGGCUUCCUGCUGCGGGAGGAGGAACCGGAAAAGAAGAACUUUCGAGUUUUUCUAGGAAACCCUCAUGUUUGUGAUUGUUCUACAUUUUUGAAAGAAAAGGAACUCUGUAAGCAUAUAUGCUGGAUCUUGUUGAAAAAAUUCAAGCUUCCAAGGACUCAUGAAUCUGCUUUGCAGUUAGGUCUUGUGGAGGGUGAAAUCAAUGACUUGCUGCGGGGGAUACAUCAGGCUCGAACUCAUGGACAAGAAAUGAAAGAAGAAAACUUGCCUAUUGAGGAAGAUGGGUAUAUCAAACAGAAAGAAAUUGGUUCAGAUGAUAUCUGCUCUAUUUGUCAAGAAGUGCUUUUAGAGAAAAGGCUUCCUGUCACGUUUUGCAGGUUUGGCUGUGGUAAUAGUAUUCAUAUAAAAUGCAUGAAGAUUUUAGCUAGUUUUCAGGAAACAACUUCAAAGACUGGCAUGUUGACCUGUCCUCUGUGUAGGAAAGAGUUUGCACCGUUAAAGCUUAUUUUAGAGGAAUUCCAAAACUCUAGCAAAUGUGUGACUACAGCAGAGAAAGAGCGACUGGACAAACAUCUUGGAAUUCCCUGUAAUAACUGUAAACAAUUUCCAAUUGUGGGGAAGUGUUAUAAGUGUACGAAGUGUUUAGAAUAUCACUUAUGUCAGAAAUGUUUUGAUAGCUGCGACCAUCAUUGUCACUCAUUUACAUUUCGUGAGAAGAGAAAUCAAAGAUGGAGAUCACUAGAAAAUCUAUCUGAUGAAAUUACAAAAUACAGAAAUGCUAAAAAUGAUAUAGAAGAAAAGAUGCCACAUCUUCAAGAAAAAGAAGGCCAGGUGUGCACACCAAGUCACGUGGUGAAGUCACUGCCGCUCGCACUCGUCACAAAGAAGAGUAAGCUGCUUGCUCCAGGAUACCAGUGUCGGCUUUGUUUGAAGGCAUUUCAUGUUGGUGAAUAUACAAGAUUUCUACCAUGUACUCACAAGUUUCAUAGGAACUGUAUUGACAGGUGGUUAUUCUACAAGUGCAAUUCAUGCCCUAUUGAUGGACAAGUUAUAUAUAAUCCUUUAACCUGGAAAGAAACAACAGUGAAUGGACACUCACAUCAGUCUGUUUCAAACACAGAUUUCACUCAUCUGACAAAGCAGGAAGAACCAGAACUUUUUAUUCCUGGCACUGGAUUAGUCUUAAAACAAAAUAGACUCAGAAAUUUACCUCACAUACAUGUAUCUGAAAAGUUGAAUACACCUCAAAGUCCAACCGAUACCUAUCAGAAUAUAAGUAUAGAUUAUCUAAAGCCUACCAAAUUACAAGAGACAAUUUCAAGAAAAUUAACCUAUGAAUAUAAAAUUAGCCAACAUUUUCCCAGGUAUCUCCAAGAUUUACAUACUGCAUCUUUUCAACCAUUUCUUCCUUCUAUUGUUCAUAAGAAAACCAAAUGUCCUAGUGUAAUGAAAAAUCCACAUAUAAAUGAAAAAUUCCACUUUGGUCAAAGCCAGAAAAUAACCAAAGAAUGUAUUGAACACAACCCAAAGAAGACCCCUGGUAGUAAAAUAAAAGAGGACAGCAGCAGGAAAUCAAAUACAUUGCCUUCAGAAGAUUUAACCCUUACCAUCAAUUGGGGUAAAACACAACUUAGCUCAAUUAAAAAAAAUAAUAAUCACAUUGGGAAAAUCAGACAAAAACUUGGUCAUUCAUCAAAAAAGCCAAUAUCUCACUCUUUAAAUUCAAAUACUAGUGAGAUAUCAUUGAUAUUGGAAGGAGUUCAGUUGUAAAAAUACAUUAUUGAUUAACAGGAAAUAUUUGAAUAUUGGACAUAAAACAUUUUAUUAAUAGAACAUAAAAUUACUGUACACUCUUGAUAAACAGAUAUAGAAUUACCUAUUGUCAUUCUGCCCACUGUCUACACUACACUUGAAGGAGACAGCCCCAUUUCUUAUACUAAAAACUUUGUUUCUUAAUGGGUAUGUCCAGUAUAAGUUUUAGAACUUUUAUAUCUGCCUGUAGACUAAUUAAAAUAAUUAUUCUAUUAAACAGAUUUAUUUCAAUCAUUAUUUUUGAAUAUUCCAUUUGAUAGCAUUUUACUGGUCUUUGAGGAACAGGAAGUGUUUCAGCUGCACUGCAGUUCUGUGGGAUUCUCUUAAAAGUUUCCUUUAUCUAGUUGUUUUCCUUUAGGGUAGCACUGUAGCACUGUUGUCCCAUUGUUCAUUGAGUUGCUCGAGUUGCUCAAACAGGCACCAGUAACAUCUCCAUUGUGAGACUUAUUGUUACUGUUUUUGGCAUAUCAAAUAUGCCAAUGGUAGCUUGCCAGGCUCUGCCAUGCAGGCAAGAUACUCUCAAUAGUUUGCUGGGCUCUCCAAGAGGAAUGGAGGAAUUGAACUCCGGUCAGCCGCAUGCAAAGGCAAACUCCCUACUCGCUGUGCUAUCACACAAGUUGUUUUCCUUAUUGACAAUAAAACAAAAAAGUCUCCUACCACAAUCUUGGGUUUUGUUUUGGAAUAACUUUAUUAUUGUUGUUGGUUCUUUGGGUUUUGGGGCCACCC